GUCGUACCCCGCGGACGCCGCGGCGGCGCAAUGGGAUGGUUCAAUGUCGGACCCAUGCUCGGACCGUGUAUCGGACCCGUUAUUGGAGGGGCGUUGGCGGAUAAAUAUGGCUGGCGUGCUAUUUUCUGGUUUUUAGCGAUUAGUGGGGGUGUGUUUUUGGGGUUUUUAGUGGGGUGCUUGCCGGAGACGCUUAGGGCGAUUGUUGGGGAUGGGAGUGUUGAGGCACGGGGUGUGAAUGUGAGUUUGUGGGAGUUGGCGAGGCGGAGGAGGAGAAGAAGGAAGAGUGGGUUGGAGAGGGUACACAGUCGUCGCGCGGAACGACCCAAGUUUCGAUUUCCGAAUCCAAUUGCGCCGUUGGCAAUUUUGAAGGAGAAGGAUGUUGCUUGUGCGUUGUUGUUCUCGGGUGUGUUUUAUGGGGUGUGGUAUAUGGUCACCGCAUCCACAUCCGUCAUCUUCGAGGAUAAGUAUGGGUUGAAUGAGACGGAGGUUGGGUUGACCUUCCUCGCGAAUGGUACGGGAUGUUUGGUUGGAUCGAUUCUGCAGGGUCGGAUUCUGGAUUGGGAUUACCGUAUUACUAAGGCGCGGUGGGAACGGGAGGGCCAUCACGAGAAUGAAGCAGACGGGGAUGAUUCGUUCCCGAUUGAGAGAGCGAGGUUAAGGAGUUUGUGGUGGCUAUGUCUCUGUUUCGGAGGAGGCUGCAUCGCCUACGGCUGGACCAUCGAAAAACGCGUCCACAUCUCCGCCCCCCUCAUCUUCCAGUUCAUCAUCGGCUACUCCGCAACAUCCAUCUUCAACACCUUCGGCACCCUCGUCGUCGAUCUCUUCCCGGGUCGUGGUUCGUCCGCCACCGCAGCCAACAAUUUCGUGCGGUGCGCACUCGGAGCGGUGGGGACGGCUGUUGUGGAUGAGAUGUUGGGGAGUCGGUUGGGUGCUGGAUGGGGGUUCGUGGUGUUGAUUGGGGUUUGUGCGUGUUGUUCGCCGCUUGUGUGGGUUGUGCUGAGGUUUGGGCCAGGGUGGAGGGGAGAGAGGAUGAGGAGGGAGAGGGAGAAGGCGAAUGCUAAGGCGGCCGCGGGUGGGAAGUGAACGUGA